UAACUCUUCUCCACUUAUAAAUUUGUGACUCAUGAAGACAUCUGCAGUGCCUUCAGCGGAGACACUCUUCUUGCGGUGGUGGCUCCUGCUGGGACUCAGCUGGAAGUACCCCUACCUGAAAUGGGUCAUAGUGGUCAGAAGAAGUACCAGGUGAACCUUCGCAGUCACUCGGCUCCGAUCCAGGUCAUGCUCAUCAACAAAGAUUCAGACUCUGCAGUACCUGUGGUCUUCUCUGUGCCCCCCACUGACGACAUCUGUCCAAUGCCAACUCCACCCAGUACCCCCGCCAGCCUGCAAAGGUUCCCUCUCACCUCAUCACAGUACUCUACCUCCAACACCACCUCUUCCUACUGCAGCCAGGACUCUCUCUGCUCAGACCACCAGAUGGUGCUGCCAGAACACGAUGAAGUGUUGACGCCAUCGUCCAGCCCUCCAGAUGUACAGAUGGAGUGUCACAGUCGGUCAUCAAUCAUAUUUGAGCAGCAUCAGCUGGACCUGGAGGACCCGGAUUUCCAACCUGUUCUGGAAGUGAGCAGCCUGCUGAAGCUUAGCGCUGCCGGAGACCACAUGAAGGAUGACAGAGAAGGAGCUGUUGACCUGAUUGAUGAGCUAAUGUCUACUGAUGGUAUGUACUACAACUUCAACCUGGAUGACAACGAGGGAGUGUGUGACCUUUUUGAUGUGCAGAUCCUCGAUUACUGAUGUCAAACAGAGCCUGUACUGUAUGCUAAUACGACACACUCCAAGCCCUUUUCUGUUCCAGUUUCACAGAUGAUAAAUCAUACAUUAAAUUAUCAUCUCUAAAAUCCAUCUAAAACUAUUUGCCAUACAACUUUAUUUUAAUGUACUGGCCUUUUUCCCCUGAGCCAACAUCAAACAAAGUGCCUGAAAAAAGAAGAUCGAGACAUUCAUGCAGGCCAGAUUCCUUAUGUUUAGUAUUUUCUUUUAUGGUUUCCUGAGUGGAUAUCUACAUUGUUCGUGAGGGAUUAGAUGCCUGAGUGGAAGGCAGCCAGCACAAAUCCCUUAGUCUCCUACUUCUGUUAUACAUGUAAAUACCUUUUAUAUUGUUUUGUAUCGGUUGGAAACCAGAGAUUUGGACCGUUUUUAUUUUCUGUUGUUAAUGAACAGCUUGUGACUGUCGUGCUUGAGUUUAUUUUGACAAUAAUUCACAACAUGUACAAGGUUAUGUACAUAUGUCACUUUCUUUACAUUGAGAGUUAAUUACAUUUUUAUAAAAGAGGUGUAUUGUAUUUAAAGGUGAAUAUUUUGUUUACAUUUUGUAAAUUUGUUCUCUCGUGAAAUGCCGGAAAGUUUUCUUUUUUAAAUUAUUGUGGCACUGCUGUUCUUGGCCUCGUUGAGUUUUUUUUAUCCAUAUAUCUUAUAAUGAAAGGUAUACAUUUGAUUGGGAAAUAUUUUUUACUUAAUUUAAAACAAUUUUUUGUUUGUUCUAGUUUGUUUAAGCUGAUGCUAGUUGACUGCCUUAAUUUAUUAUCUAAAAUUGAAUAUGUUUUUGAUCUGAAAAAUCCAAAGUCGAGAACCAUAAGUGCCAUUUUUGUAUAGGUAUAGUAUUUCACACAAGAAAUUACUUUUUUCUGUACUUUUAAUUUGCAAAUUUCUUGAAGGUUUUUCAAUAAAAACAUUGGUCUUGA